GUUUCUGUUUUGUUUUGAAAUUUUUGUUUUUCCUAGCGGAACCUCCUGGAAGAAAGUCCCUCGAGCUGGAUUUCCUGCAGCCAUUUCCUCCAACCAACAGCCCCCGCCCCGCUUUUCAAACUUUUCCACUAUAAAGUUUCAAUCUUUUCUCUGUUCGCCUGAUUAAGUGUUGGGCCUGCAAAAAUACUUAUUGUGGAUUGAUUGUUCUGCAUAUUGGUUUCAAGAGGAAAGUGGCACUGAGAAGCUAUAGAUUGGUGAUUAAAGGUUGGAGCUUUAGUCCAAUCAGAAGCAGUGCCAGUGAUGAGCGAAGUCCAUCGCUGCAUCCUUUGAAGACUUUUAGAGGGUUAUUAGUCUAUAAACUUCCUCUGUUGAUGAUCUUGUGUCUGCUAGUUCCCGUUUCAAAAUGAACAACUCAUUUGGUGAUGAUUAUGAUGAAGCAACUGUUGCAGGAUUCGAAGUUUUAAGAUCACCCGAUGCAAGUUACAACAACGUGUACCCUGGGAAUGAAGACGAGGCACGGGAUCCACCUCUUGUCCCUCCACAUCUGCAACAGACAUUACUUAGCUACCCAGCAAGUGCAGACACUGCCGGAACCCUUCCAGCACCGCAAAAUGUGACACUCAACCAUCUUUACAUUGAGAACCGGGAGACCCCGCGCUCUGUGGUCGCACUUGGGUUCACUCAUCGCUUUCGUUCAAAAUUUGUUUCAGUUGUGCUUUACAAACCAGUUCAAAGAAGUGGGACUACCAGCAGUUAGAAAUUGAACACUAGAAUACACCUACAUUAGCGGUGAAAGAUACUUAUUUCCUCACAGAAGCGUAUGAAAUUAGGUUUGAUUUCUUCCGAUUUCUUUGUAGACUUGAUGUAUUCUUCAGCGUAGACUCGCUAUACUGUGGAGUUUGCUGGUUAGGUUAUGAUCUCAUGCGAGAAUUGUUUAUUUGAAGUGAUGAGGAUCAUUUGAUUGCAUUUGUGAAUACAAAAUGCCUGCUUUAUACAGAUAAGGAAGCCUUCUCCUUGUAUUUGCAUAUCAUAUGGUUGAAUGAUAUAUGCAACUCUUGCAGGAACAUGCAUUCAAUUGUUGGUAAUAUAUAUGUAUUUGACCUAAAA